CCCUAUGCUCCACGUAUGCCAAGCGUCUGUCAACUGCAAGCGCUACGUCGACAGCGGAAGCGGAAGCGGUGUGACCCGGAAGGGCAUGCGGGGGUGGGGGAUAUGGCUGCUCUGCUGCGGUUGCUAGGCGAUGCUGGGCUCAGGGGCUGUUGGCGGGGAGUCGGGGCCAAGACCCAGCUGCAGUGCGAUUGGGAUAGAAGCUUCAGAUGCCUCCAUUUGAAAGCCCUGUCUGGUCUGGUAUGGCAUCCUAAAGGUCUUCGCCUGAGGCCUUGCGCCCCAGGAAUUUCCACAGCUACUGCCUUCAAGUCAGGCGAGGAUGCCGCUCUCAAGUGGGGCCUGCUCUUCAUCCCUGUGGCCACAUUUUGCCUCGGCACGUGGCAGGUUCAGCGGCGGAAAUGGAAGUUGAAACUGAUUGCUGACCUGCAAGCAAGAGUUUCGACGGAGCCGGUCCCACUGCCAGACAACCUCCUGGAGCUGAAGGAGUUGGAGUACAGGCCUGUCCAGGUCCGAGGGCGUUUUGACCACACCAAGGAGUUGUACAUGCUCCCCCGGUCACUGGUGGAUCCGGCCAAAGAGGCCAGGGAUGCCGGCCAGCUGAUGUCCAGUCCCGAGAGCGGCGCCAAUGUCAUCACUCCCUUUUACUGCACAGACCUUGGGAUCACAAUUCUGGUCAACAGAGGCUUUGUCUCCAGAAAGAAGGUGAAGCCGGAGACCAGGCUGAAAGGACAGAUUGAAGAGGAAAUUGAGCUUGUCGGGGUGGUGAGGUUGGCAGAAAACCGGAAACCCUUUGUCCCGGAGAACAGUGUUGAGAAGAACCGUUGGCACUACCGGGACCUGGACGCCAUGGCCAGAGUGACAGGAGCAGAGCCCAUUUUGAUCGACGCCGACUACAAGAGCACAGUUCCAGGCGGCCCAAUUGGAGGUCAGACCAGAGUGACCUUGAGAAAUGAGCACCUGCAGUACAUCAUUACUUGGUAUGGCUUGUGUGCAGCUACAUCCUACAUGUGGUACAAGAAGUUCAUUCUGAAAGUACAUCUCUGAGCCUUCCAGCUCCUUGGUGCAGUAAACGUGGCGUGAAGCAGCUUGGGAGAACAGCAAGCCAGGCCUUGUCGACUUCAGAGCUUGCUAAACAUAUGAUGGGGGCCCCCUUUGGAAUAGUCUGGGUGCUCCCCUCGUAACUGCUUGUAGGUACCCUUUAGAAGUUGGAUCUAUACAGGGAGCUACUGCACCAGCUGAAGGAGGAAGAUUGGAAGGGUUAACCAAGAGCAGCAAUCAGAGGCCUUUAUGUUGGUGGGGUGGAAGAUCAACGUAUUUCCAGUUGCACCUCUUAGCAAGCGGAUUGAGUGCUGCUAGAAACACAUGAAUGAAAUCGGUGAAAAUCCAGGGACACGAGAGAUGUAUUUGGUGUGGGGGUAGUCCAGAACACUUGUGAUAAAACAUGAAAUUGAGUGUCUCGAAAUGCUGCAAGCAUCCAUCAUGAAAUGUGACAAUCAUGAAACCUUUGCAGAUUAAACUUGUCGUUACUAAAGAGAUGCUUAUUUAAAUGUU